AUGGAAUCACACGAUUGUGAGAGUAAGAAAGUUGCAGCAUUGGCAAGAAGAAGGAGGAAACAAAUUCUCAGUGAAAGAAGAUUGAAAAGAAGUAGAGUUGGUGAUAAAGAAUUGGAUUUUGAAGUAUGUUUCAGUAGGAACUAUCAUCCAUCCAUUGACAACAUCAGAACACCACUUUCUAACAUCACUUCUUCAGUGAUUAAUCAAAGGAGUCAAAAUUUGAAUACACAUCCAGCAGAGCUUCUAAGGUCAUCAGCAACGGGUGGAAACGUUAGUGUCAAUAAGUUUCAGAAUCAAAGGCAACGCAAUGCUUAUAAACUGAAGUCAAAUACGACAACACCCAAAGUUGGUUCAUGCAGCUCAAAUUCAACAUGUACUAUGGAUACCAUGUCCCCUAACCUGGUAGCUGCGACAUCAUAUCAACGAACAAAGACAAUUAUUCAACCAAAUACGCCACGGCUGAGCAGACAACAUGCUUUCAAUUCUCCUGUCAGCCUCGAUACAAACACACCUUCAAGUGGUACAACAUCUUCCUUUGCUAAUCAAGUCUUCAAAAACGUUAAUACACUGCAAAGUGGAUUAGUCGUUUCAUCCAGAAGACAAUUGAAUGUUGGUGCUAUUCAAUCUAUGGCCGCCAAUCUAUUCAAAAAAUUCUCAAAUAUUGAUCAUUAUGAUGAGUCUUCAUCCACAAGCAAUAUUCACCGCAACACAAGUGUUAAUAAAGAAGCAGAUGAAACCGUUGAAGAUGGAACAAAGGAUGAUUCAAUAUCUGAUAGUGAUUGUGAGUUCAUAAAUGCAAAUCCUGACUAUGACACAGCAUCAACUCUUGAUGAUGAAGAAACCAUAGAACCAAACUAUGCGCCGCAAAACGUGAAAGAUUCUGGCUACUCUGAUAUCGGUGAUCCAAUUGUCGAAUGCAUACAUUGUGGAGCACUGAUGUGGUAUCAAGAGAAGACAGACAAACGAAAACAUAGUGAUGUACCCAAAUUCCAAUUAUGUUGUGGAAAUGUUAAAGUUGUGUUGCCGCUUUUGAAUGAACCGCCACUGUUACUAAAGCAUCUAUUGUCUGAUGAUAAUGAUUCAGACUAUGGAGAAACACCAAAAUUUGCACAGCUUUAUAUUUAUGACACUGAUAAUGAAAUCCAUCAUAGAAUGGAAGGAAUAGGUCAUAAUCCUAAUGUGAAUCCAGAAGCGGUUGGAAAAUUGAAACUUAUGCUUGAUGAGUUCAACACACAUGCUAAAACAUUUAGGAUGGCAGCAGAUCGACUAAAAGAUUCUCAUGUACCCGAUCUAAAACUGAAAUUAAUCGCCGAUCGAUCCAAGGACGGAAGAGUUUAUAAUCAACCAACAGUUUCUGAAGUUGCCGCACUUAUCGUUGGUGAUGUUGAUACAGGUUCUAAGAGACAUAUUAUACUUGAGAGACAGAGUGGGAGGAUGAAAAGGAUAAGUGAGUUUCAUCCAAGUUAUCUUGCUUUACAAUAUCCACUUUUGUUUCCAUAUGGCGAAGAUGGUUUUAGAAUCGGUAUUCUACACAGGGAAACAAAAGCAAAGAAAAAGAAGAAUAAACUUACUAUCAGAGAAUGGCUUACGUUUCGGAUUCAAACCAGACCAACCGAAGCACACACACUUUUGAUGUCCAGAAGGCUUUUUCAGCAAUUUUUGGUUGAUGGUUUCACCAUGAUGGAGUCUCAAAGGUUGAAUUACAUACGCUUGCACCAGAAAAAACUAAGAGUUUCAAAAUACAAUAAUUUGAACGAUCCAGAACAUGAUCAGAACACUCAAGGAGCAAACAAGGGUAAGAGGGUUGUUUUACCAUCAACUUAUGUUGGAAGUCGAAGAUACAUGGAGCAAUUGUAUUUUGAUGCAAUGGCUAUUUGUAGUCAUAUUGGUUUUCCUGGCCUUUUUAUCACAUUUACAUGCAAUCCAAUGUGGCCCGAAGUCAAAAGACUGCUUCACCCAAUGAGGUUGCAGCCCCAUGAUCGUCCCGACAUUAUAUCAAGAGUUUUUAAAAUUAAGUUGGAUGAGUUGUUGUUUGAUUUGACUAAGAAGCAUGUCUUAGGGAGAGUGGUUGCAUAUAUAUACACCGUUGAGUUUCAAAAGAGGGGUUUACCACAUGCACAUAUUUUGCUAUUCAUGCAUCCUCAAAGCAAGUAUCCCACUGCCGAGGACAUAAACAACAUCAUUUCAGCAGAUAUACCAUCAAAAGAAGAUGAUGUGGAAUUGUAUAAUCUGGUGAAGAGACAUAUGAUUCACGGUUCGUGUGGUUUGGCAAACAUGCUGUCACCUUGCAUGAAAGACGCAAAAUGCUCUAAAUUCUUUCCAAAAAAAUGGCAGCCUCAGACCGUAGUUGAUCAGGAUGGAUAUCCUGUGUACCGAAGGAGGGAUACUGGAAACACUGUUACGAUAAAAAACGUUGUUCUUGAUAACAGAUCUGUUGUUCCUCACAAUCCAUAUCUGUUGAAGAAAUUUCAAGCUCACAUUAAUAUGGAAUGGUGUAAUCAAGGUACUUCGGUUAAGUACUUAUUUAAAUAUAUAAACAAGGGGUAUGACAGGAUUACCGCUGCUGUCGUAGGAGACAACGACAGUCCUUUGACCACUAAAAAUGGCGAUGAAAUCAAGCAGUAUCUUGAUUGUAGAUAUGUCUCACCAAGCGAAGCAUGUUGGAGAAUAUUUUCUUUUCCCAUUCAUGGAAGGUCUCCUGCAGUAGAAAGAUUAUAUUUUCAUCUUGAGGGCGAUAAUUCGGUAUAUUAUACAAAUUACGAACUGAUAGAUGAGGUUCUUGAAAAACCAAGUGUGAAGGAAUCAAUGUUUACCGCUUGGAUGGAAGCAAACAAAACAUAUCUAGAGGCCAGAAAUCUGACCUACUCAAAUUUCCUCACUAAGUUUGUUUAUGAUAAAAGAUACCGACGAUGGAGACCGCGUAAGAGAGGGCACACCAUUGGAAGACUAAUCUGGGUUCCUCCAAGUACAGGUGAGCUGUAUUACCUGAGAAUGAUGCUGACUGUUGCAAAAGGGCCAACAUGUUACGAGGAUAUAAAAAAGGUCGGUGGAAUUGUUCGGGACAGUUUUAGGGAUGCAUGUUUUGAAAUGGGAUUUCUUAAUGAUGACAAGGAAUAUGUUGCAGCCAUUAACGAGGCCAAAGAUUGGGGUUCGGGACAUUUUUUGAGAAAGUUAUUCGUAACUAUGCUAUUGUCCGGUACAAUUAACAGACCGCGUCACGUUUGGCAAAAAACUUGGAAGACGCUGUCCGACGGUAUUCUGCACCAACAAAGACAGUUAACUAAUAUAAAAGAUAUGCAGUUAACAGAAGCUGAGUUGAAAAACUUGACCUUCAUUGAGAUUGAGAAUAUGUUGCAAUCCAAUCGAAGAAGUUUGCACGAAUUCAAAGACAUUCCUUAUCCGGAUGCUUAUGUCACACGGCACGUUGGAAACCGACUGAUUUACGAAGAACAUGAUUAUAAUACUGAAACUGAGCGAGAAAACUUCAACAAUCUCUUUCGAGCCCUUACAGAUGAACAACGCUCGAUCUUUGAAAAAAUCAUGGAAGCUGUCGGAAAACAAAGAGGAGGGGUCUUUUUUUUACACGGUUAUGGAGGGACUGGUCAAACUUUCAUGUGGAGGACACUAUCAAGUGCACUUCGUUCGAAGAAAAAAAUUGUGCUUGCUGUUGCUUCAAGCGGUAUAGCUUCGUUGUUAUUACCAGGUGGACGAACUGCUCAUUCCAAGUUCAAAAUUCCUGUGCCAACACUUGACAACUCCACUUGCAAUAUUGACAAAAACACUGAACAUUCUCAAUUAUUCGAGGCAACGGACGUGAUAAUAUGGGAUGAAGCACCUAUGGCUCAUAAAAAUUGUUUUGAGGCAUUGGAUAGAACACUUAAAGACGUCAUGACCAAGAAGGGAUUUGGGAAUAAAAUCUUUGGCGGCAAAGUUGUUGUUUUUGGAGGAGACUUCAGACAGAUUCUUCCAGUUGUUCCGAGAGCAGGGCGUUCUGAUAUUGUUCAUGCAUCCAUAUGCUCCUCUUAUAUCUGGGACUAUUGCCAGGUUCUAACACUGACAAAAAACAUGAGACUUCAGCAGGGAAGCGAUAAUACAAGUUCUAAGGAAUUAGCGGAGUUCUCAAAAUGGAUUUUAAAUGUCGGUGAUGGUAAGAUAUCUGAACCAAAUUAUGGAUUGGUGGACAUAGAGAUUCCUCAAGAUUUAUUGAUUACCAAUUAUGAAGAUCCUAUCAAAGCUAUUGUUGAGAAUACAUAUCCCAAUUUGGUUAAUGUAUUCCAAGAUGUUGCAUAUCUACAAGGAAAAGCAAUUCUUGCCUCAACCAUUGAAGUUGUGGAUAAGAUCAAUCAUUAUGUAUUGGACAUUAUACCAGGUGAAGAGAAAGAGUAUCUUAGUUACGAUUCAAUCGAUAGAACUGACACGAGUUAUACCGAAGCUUAUGAAGUGCUAACUCCAGAAUUUCUUAGCAAAUUAAGGACAUUAGGUUUACCAAAUCUUAGAAUCAAAUUGAAAGUUGGUACUCCCAUUAUGCUUAUGAGAAAUUUGGACCAAUCAGAUGGAUUGUGUAAUGGAACAAGAUUGAUUGUCACAAGGUUGGCCAAUCAUGUCAUUGAGGCAAAAAUUAUUUCUGAGUCACCGUGGCCAUUUAAGUUGAUUAGGAGACAAUUUCCAAUUAUUGUCUCUUACGCAAUGACAAUUAAUAAGUCUCAAGGCCAGUCUCUUGAUAGUGUUGGUUUGUAUUUGCCUUCUCCCGUGUUUAGUCAUGGACAACUUUAUGUUGCAAUCUCAAGAGUUACUAUAAAAAGUGGUCUUAAAAUCUUAAUACAUGACAAAGAGAAUGUUCUGUGCUCCACUACCACAAAUGUUGUAUACAAGGAGGUAUACGAUGCAUGUUGUUGGCUGGUUGCAAUCAUACAAGAAGAUAGCAUCUGA